GUAUCUAUUACAUUUAUUUCUCAGAUUGGAUUGGCGAUGUCUCCAUUGAGCAACAACUCCUUGUUUCUAGAAUAUAGUGUUGCUGCACAGGUUUAUUUGAUUUCAAUUCCUGGUAUUUUGUCCAAACAUCCAAGGUCAGGUCACUUAAAGAGUGAUACUUUUUCAAGUAUGGAAGCUCACUGCUUGUGAUCUCUGUGAAAUAGCAAGAAAUUCAGUUCAUCAAUCUGGAUUUUCCCAUGUGAUGUGGCCCACCUAAAUUUUAGAUCGGCCUAAUUUUUGAGUUCUAUGGUGAACAUGAGGGGGCUAACACAAUUGACAGGGUAUUUUGAUGCAAACAUCAAUUGGGCCCCCAGUACCACCACUCCUGCAAGAAUAAGUCAUGUAUCCUUGCCAUUUUGUUUUGUUUUGCAGGUCCAGUGGAGCUUGCUGCCGUAGGAGUUUCCAUUGCUAUAUUUAAUCAAGUAUCAAGGUUGCUAUCUUCCCACUUGUUAGUGUUACAACAUCAUUUGUUGCAGAGGAAGAUGUUGCGUGUAAGAUGAUGAGCACUGAAGAACGAAGAAAUGAAAAUCUGGAAGAGGCUUUACCUUUAAGCAGUGAAAUGAAAAACUUGCCUUCACAUCUUGAUUCUGGCAAGGAUGAGUACCACCCAUCCAUUGCUUUUGAAAAUCAAAAUAUGGCAGGUAGUAGGUAUGAGAGAAGGUAUAUACCGUCAGUGUCUUCAGCACUGGUUACCGAUGGAGUGCUUGGCGUUCUACAAGCUGUUCUCCUCAUUUUUGCUGCAAAGCCUAUCUUAAACUUCAUGGGCAUGUAGUCAGUAAGUGACACACAUUAACAGGUUUGCAUUAAUUUUUGGUCAUGGUUUCUCAUUUUCUUUCGUAUGUCGUAAACAUCUAUUAGGAUUUUGAAAGAGAAAAUGCAUCAUUUUUCUAAUGUUUUCCAUAAAUAUACCGCCCUAUUUUGAUUUUUUUUUUUUUUUUAUUUCCUUGUGUGCAGGAUUUUAAUCAAUUGUGCCUAAAUUUAGGCCCACAAACUAGCACUUCAGCCUUUUGAUGCUACUUGCGCUAGGAGUACCAUAUAGAGGAUUUAUUUUUUAAAUUAUUUAAGACCAUUUUCAAUUUAUUGUAAAAAAUAUUAUAUAUAUUUUUUAUUGUGAAGUGAUAUAGAUUUUGUUUAA